AUGGCUGAGUACAACGGGGAGGUCAACGGCAAUGGCCAGACCAAGACCAGUGGCGCCAACGGCGCUAACGGCGAAGCCAACGGUUAUAGAGGAGCUCCCCGCACCUAUCAAGACUCAUUCGAAACUCCGUAUGGAGGUUCGACGACGGAGCCAUACGAAGGUUACGACAAGAGUGACGGGAUGUUCGACCCUGUCACAGGCACCUACCCUCGCAUUUCUCGCCCCGUUGAGCUGAUCCGCCCGUCAUACGAUGCCGUUGUCAUCGGAUCGGGCUACGGCGGUGCUGUCGCUGCCAGUCGCAUGGCCAGAGGCAACAAGAAGGUUUGCCUCCUCGAGCGCGGUAAGGAGAAGUGGCCGGGAGAAUUCCCGUCGAAUAUCCUGCAAGCCAUGGGAGAACUUCACUCUUCAAAUGCCACUACGGAUGGUAUCAUGGGCCGCUUGGGCAAGUACGGAACACAGGGAGACCCGACUGGACUGUACCAUCUCAUCGUCGGUGACGGACAGAACGCCUUCGUCGGCAACGGUCUUGGUGGUACAAGCUUGCUCAAUGCCAACGUUUUCCUGGAAGCCGACAACGGAGUUCUUGACCUUCCCAUCUGGCCCGAUAAGCUGAGGGGUGCCGAGAACUUCAGAAAGUAUUACGAAAGGGCUGCAGAUGUGUUGGAGCCUGAGAGGUACCCCAAGGACUUCCCGAAGCUUCACAAGCUCGAGACUCUCGAGAAGCAGGCCAACCUCAUGGGCUGGGGGGACAAGUUUUACCGCGUGCCCCAGACUACUCGGUUUGAGGACGGAGAAAACAGCACCGGUGUUUACAUGCGCGCGUCCACCCUUUCUGGCCAAGACACUACCGGUCUCAACGACGGCAGUAAAUCCACGACCCUAGUCAACUACCUCAGUGAUGCCUGGAACUGGGGGGCUGAGAUGUUCUGCCAGUGCGAGGUUCGCUAUGUCACCGAGGCCCCCAAGGAACGGGGUGGAUACAUCGUGCACUUUGCCUGGCACGGAGGCAAGCGUGCCAACUUCAAGGGCAUCUUCCACGAGGACCUCAUGUGGGUCCAUGCUAAGGAGCUGGUCUUCUUCGGGGCUGGCAGUAUUGGCACCACAGAGAUUCUUCUUCGCAGCAAGAAGUUUGGACUCAACAUGAGCGAAGACGUUGGUCAUGGGAUGAGCGGCAACGGUGACAUUUUGGCGUUCGGAUACAACACCAGCGAGUACAUCAACGGCAUGGGCCGCCCGGAUCCCCCGCCAAAUCGUCCGGUUGGUCCUUGCAUCACGGGCGUGAUCGACUGUCGUCACGGUCUGGACAACCCCCUGGAUGGUUUUGUGAUUGAGGAGGGCGCCAUUCCCGCAGCCUUGGCCCCCUUUUACCAGAGAAUGCUUACUCUCCUUCCUGGAAAGGUGUUUCCUCAUAACAUCUCCAUCAAGGGAGCCAUUGACCACGUGGCUGCGGCCGCCGGUAGCCGGGUAUUUGGACCCUAUUACCCCAAAGGCAGUACUGAAAAGACUCAGUGUUACCUGAUUAUGUCCCAUGACAGCAGCCAAGCAACUAUGCAACUGCACAAUGAUCGACCUAUGAUAAACUAUUCCGGCGUUGGCAAGUCUCACAGAGCCAAGAAGCUUGCGGGCUACUUGGCCAAGCUUACCAACCUGAUUGGGGGCACCUACGUUGACAGCCCUUUCUACGCCGCUUUUGGAGAGAAGGAGAUUACUGUUCACGCAAUCGGUGGCGCUCGUAUCAGCGCCGACGGCACAGGUGCUAGCGGCGGUGUCAACGAUAAGGGCCAGCUCUUCGUCGACAACACUGACAAAGUGCACAAGGGACUGGUUGUUUGUGACGGCACCAUCGUCCCUGCUGCUCUCGGAGUCAACCCGUUCGCGACCAUCACCGCCCUUGCUGAAAGGUCUGUCGAGAUGGUUGCCGAGGAGUUCGGAAUCGAGAUCAAUUUGGAAGAGAAGAACGGCUCUCUGAACCUCUUCGCUGAGCCGGCGCACAAUCAGUUCGAGGGCGAUGAUGAUAGCCUCCAAGUGGCCAAAGUCAAGGAGAUCAUCAAGACUGCACGGGAUGACAAGACCCCUGGCAUCGCCUUCUCGGAAAUGAUGGACGGAUGGAUUCAUUUUGGAUCCGAUUCGAAGUCACUCGACUUCGAGAGGGCCACUGAGACUGCCAGGAGCCGGGGCGAAUACGCCAGGUUCUUCCUCAGCGCCCGAUCGUGGAACACACAUAACCUGGUCAACGACAAAGAACACGAGGCCAAUCUCACUGGGACUUUUACCUGUCCAGCUCUUGGCGGAACCUGCAUGGUGCAGGGGGGCAAGUUCCAGUUAUUCAACGACGAUCCCAGGUCUCCGGACACCAUGAACCUCACCUACAACUUCCUUGUGUCUCAGAAAGACGGCAAGAAGUUGCACUUCAACGGAUACAAGGUGGUCAACUCGGACGUGGUCUUCAACCCUUGGAACCUCUGGAAGGCGACUACAACUCUGUACUGCACCAUCACCGAGGUCGACGAACACGACCAGUCCAUCCCAAGCGAGGUCCGGGGCAAGGGCGUCAUUCACAUUCGGCCGAGUGCUUUCCUCCAGGAGUGCACCACCAUGGAGGCGACCGGUUCGAGCCUUUACGCCAAGGUCACAUCGACCGCCAACUUCUUGGGGUACUUCACUGCCAAGGCGGCUAGCGCAUUCCUCACACCGUUCAUCCCGCAGAUGUGGCCUUCUCUUCCUUUCCAUAGCUACGAGAACCCAACGCCGUGGUCGGAGGAAUGCACCGUCGUGGCCAACGACCGCGUCAGGACGAAGUUGUACAUGUGGGAGCCGCAAGGCAAUGGCGGGCAGCAGUCAGACAAUGCCCCGAUUGUGCUCUUUAUCCCCGGUGCCGCUGUCGACCAUCAGAUCUUCGCCCUGCCAACCAUCAAGGAGAACGCAGUCAAGUACUUCCGUGAGAAGGGCUACCGUGUUUACUCGAUGGUGCACCGGGUGGGCAAGACCGUGGUGGCACAACAGAACUGGACCACGUACGACGCUCGCCGCGAUAUCCACGCGGCGCUGAAGGAGAUCCGCAAGAGACAUACCAUCAUCGACAAGAUGGACGGCUCCGGCCCGUCUCACAUGACCUACGUGGUGGCCCACUGCGCGGGAUCCGUUGCCCUGGCUUCCGGCCUCCUCGACGGCACAAUCCCACGCCAAUGGCUCAGCGGUGUCACAGCGUCGCAGGUUUUCAUGAACCCCAGGUUCGCCAAGGUCAACACCAUGAAGGCCAGCCUCCCUAUCUCCAUGGCCAACAUCUACAACCUGGUUCAAGGCAAGUGGUUCGACUGUUCCAGCACUCCCAACGACGGCUACAUCCAGCAGGCUCUCAACCAAGUCCUGCGAUUUUACCCGGUCGGCCACCGCAAUGAGAUUUGCAACUCGGUUGUCUGCCAUCGCAGCUCUCUUGUAUUUGGCCGUCUUUGGUCACACAAGGGUCUCAAUGAGGCCACUCACUCCCAGCUGGAGAACUUCUUGGGAGGCACCUCGAUGGCCAGCCUGAACCACCUCAUGUACCAGGGUACCCACGGAAUUGCGACGGACUCUCAGAACGAGAACCUCGUUACGCCCCAGAACAUUGCCCGCCUCAAGGGCCUGGACAUCUUCUUCUUCUCCGGAACCGAGAACGACGUAUACGCCCCCGAUAACACCGAUACCUCGUUCACCACUCUCAGCGAGGCCAACGGCGGGGUAUGCUACGAGAGGCAGGUGUUCCCGGACCGCGGCCACUUGGAUGCGUGGAUGAGCCCUACUGCUCACAAGGAUGUGUUCCCCCGCGUCCUGCACCACAUCAAGAAAGUCGAAACCAAGAACCACCACCACCAGGAACUGAAGAAGGUUGCUGGCCAAUAUUAA